AUGGCGCCAGGCACAGCAAACCCUACCAAACGGAAAGGCCCCGCUUUCAAACCCCCACGGCCUGUCAAGGCUCCCGUGCAGUCCUCAACUUCGACAAAACCUACCACUGGUGCACCGAGCGCACGAUCGUCGGCGGUAGCGAAAAAUGCAGCAUCCUCACGCCGUACCGAUGCGGCUCCGAUGGUCAUAAAUUCUUCAGAGGAGGAAGUCGACGAAGACCCCUUCGCCGGCUCCGACGUCGACGAGUUGAUGGACGAAGUUGCCGAGGAUGCCACCGACGCAAUACAAUCACAACCACAACUAGAGCCUAUCCCAGAGAAGCUGCUUGGCAGGCUCCUGCAAGAAGGGUUCGAGGACGAGAACACGAAAAUACAUCGCGGUGCGAUGGAAUUGACAGCAAAGUACAUGGACAUCUUCGUCCGGGAGGCUCUUUCGCGAGCGGUACAUGAACGGCGCGAGGCGGAUAAGGCACGAGGAGGGCAGAGCGGGACUGUGUUUCUGCAAGUGGAGGAUUUGGAAAAGCUGGCUCCGCAACUGGUGCUCGACUUUUGA